CAUCAGGAAGAAGUAACCUGUUGAAUCUAUUUCUCCUCCCCACCUUUACUGCUUUUUCCCAUAAGAGAGAAGCCGCAGACCAAUAAGCCUCUUCAAAAAAAGAGGUAAAGGCAGGUAGACAAGAUGCAGCGGCGGAGGCUGGCUACUGCAUUCCGUAGGAGGCGCCAACAGCUACUUUUUACCUGCUGAGUCCGGUGAACCAGUUCAUGGGGGCGGGGACCUGCAUAUGAGAAAAGGGCCAGGAUAGAGGAAGUAUUUAUUUGUUCAUUUUGAGAAUUAAAUUUAGAACCCAUCAUCUACAGACCCAUUUGUAGACUGCGUCUGGGGCACUCGCUCGGCCUCAAAAGGAGGAAAGCACGGGGGCGACUUUUUGGCAGCAAAGGAAAGGCCCGUCUCGGCUACCUGCCUUCCGUGUUUUCCGUGGCCUAACGCGAUAGAACCAAAUGGCUUCCGCGGUCUGGGGAAGUGCCCCCUGGUGGGGCCCGCCGCCCCCGGCCCCAGCUCGGCCGCUCACGGACAUCGACUUCUGCUCCGGGGCGCAGCUGCAGGAAUUGACCCAGCUGAUCCAGGAGCUGGUUGUGCAGGAGAGCUGGAGUGACGGGCCCAAGCCGGGAGCCGACCUCCUCCGGGCCAAGGACUUUGUCUUCUCUUUUCUUGGUCUAGUUCACCGUCGGGACCCUCGGCUUCCUCCCCAGGCAGAACUCUUGCUGCUUCGUGGUGGGAUUCGCGAGGGCUCCCUGGAUCUGGGGCAUGCACCCCUGGGUCCCUACGCCCGGGGCCCUCACUACGAUGCCGGCUUCACACUCCUAGUGCCCCUGUUUUCGCUGGACGGCACUGAACUGCAACUGGACCUGGAAUCUGGUUACACACAGGUCCGCCUCCCAGAACUGGUAUGCGGAACCCCCAUCCGGGAGAUGUGGCAGGAUUGCUUAGGACCCCCAGUCCCAGGAGGAUGUGAUUCGAUCCACCGAACCGGGAGCAAAGAAAGUCCCAAGGAUUCGCAAAGCUCUGUAGACCAGCGUUACAGCCACGUCACUGAGCACGAGGCGCCAGUGCCUUUGGAAAAAUCACCUAGCGACGUUUCAGCGUCCGAGUCUCCACAGCAUGACGUCAUCGACCUUGGCUCCACCGCACCUUUGAAAACACCGAGUAGUGACGUCCCCAAGGCAGCCGUCGAAAGCCCAGUCCCAAAACCGUCGGACCCUUGGGACGCAUGGCCCACAUUAUGCCCCGCCCAGGUGGCUGCCUGGUUCUUUGCUACGCUGGCGGCAGUCGCCGAGUCUCUGAUCCCGGUCCCGGGUGCUCCACGUCUGGUGCAUGCAGCUCGCCACGCGGGUUUCACCACCAUCCUCCUGGCUACCCCUGAGCCCCCUCGCCGCCUCCUGCUCUUCGACCUGAUCCCAGUGCUGUCCGUGGCCGGCUGGCCCGAGGGGGCUCGGAGCCACUCUUGGGCUGGCCCACUGGCCUCUGAGUCGGCUUCCUUCUACCUGGUGCCGGGUGGCGGCACCGAGCGGCCAUGCGCCUCCGCCUGGCAGCUCUGCUUCGCCCGCCAGGAGCUGGCGCUCAAAGCGCGCAUACCAGCGCCGCUGCUGCAGGCGCACGCGGCGGCCCAGGCGCUACUGCGCCCGCUGGUGGCCGGGACCCGGGCGACGGCGCCGUACCUCCUGCGGACGCUGCUGUACUGGGCGUGCGAGCGGCUGCCUGCGCUCUACCUGGCGCGGCCGGAAAACGCAGGCGCCUGCUGCCUCGGGCUGCUGGACGAGCUCGGCCGAGUGCUCGAGGCUGGAACGUUGCCUCACUAUUUUCUGAGCGGCCGAGAGCUCCGUACGGGGGACGGCUCGGCUGCGCUGCUCGGGGCGUUGGCCCGGCUCCGCGGGGACCCUGCCAGGGCUCUCCGCGCCGCGGUGGAGGAGGCCAAGGUGGCCCGCAAGGGGGGCGGUCUGGCGGGCGUGGGGGGCGGGGCCCAUUAAAGACGCUGCUCCUACUGGUGGAA